GCCCCGCGGAAAAGUCACGUGGCGCUUCACUCGGCGCCUGUCACCACCCCGCUUGUAAAGCUUUCUUAAAGGGCCCGCACUCACUUUCCAGGGUCGGUCCUUUCGUGGGGUGCCUCCCCGCCUCCCGCGGAGGGUGCGGCGGCCGCGGACCGUCCUAGCCAGCCAGACGCCGAGGCACUGAGUCCCCAUCGGACCUGUGGGAUGUUCCUCAAGGAACAGCGCCUGCGGCCGUGUGGGGGACGAUGCGGUCGCCUGAAAUGGUGACCGCCUUAGCACAGUGCCUGGCACGCCGCAAACGCUCAGCUUCCAUGUGUUGAACGCACCUGCCUGAAUGGAGGGUGCUGGGCGUGAGGGGAGAGGUUACCUCAGCGUGGCCGCCCCCCGCCCCAUUCUCGGGGAGAGGCUGGUGUGAGUGUGGGGUGGGGGUGCCAGAGGUAGGAGACCUCCCGUGGGCACAGACAACCUGGGAGUGCUAACAGAAAGGGCUCGCGAGGGCGUCGGGCCCGGGCCCCCGGGCGGGGCGAGACAGCAGCGGCAGGCGGAAGCCUUGGAGCACCGGGCCCCGCACGCGCCCUGCGGGGAGGGGCGGCGGAGCGCGGCGCCUUUAAGCCCGGGCGCCGGCCCGCGGCCCCGCCCCCCGGAGGACGCCUCGGCGCGCGGCCGCCGGAGCCGCGGUUUAAUUGGGGCUGUCAGGCCGCGGCGCGCGCGGAGGGCCGGCCGGGCGGGACAGAGGCCGGGAGGCCGGGGCGGCGGGCGCGCAGGGCGGCGGGAGGCGGGCGCCCGGAGACGCGGCUGGGGCCCGCGCGGCCGGGGCGCCGUCUCAGGGCCAGGUGCCCGGCCCCGGCCCCGGGCCGCCCGCGCUGCCCAUGAAAAACCAGGUCCGCGGCCCCCCAGCGCGGUCGCACAUGUCGGCUUCGGGGGCGGCGGCGGCUGGGGGUACCCGGGCGGGGUCGGAGCCCGGUGCGGGGUCUGGGGCCGGCGCGGGCACCGGGGCGGGCCCGGCGACGGGAGCGGGAGCCAUGCCCUGCAAGAGCGCCGAGUGGCUGCAGGAGGAGCUGGAGGCGCGCGGCGGCGCGUCCCUGCUGCUGCUCGACUGCCGGCCGCACGAGCUCUUCGAGUCGUCGCACAUCGAGACGGCCAUCAACCUGGCCAUCCCGGGCCUCAUGCUGCGCCGCCUGCGCAAGGGCAACCUGCCCAUCCGCUCCAUCAUCCCCAACCACGCCGACAAGGAGCGCUUCGCCACGCGCUGCAAGGCGGCCACCGUGCUGCUCUACGACGAAGCCACGGCCGAGUGGCAGCCGGAGCCCGGCGCCCCCGCCUCGGUGCUCGGCCUGCUCCUGCAGAAGCUGCGCGACGACGGCUGCCAGGCCUACUACCUCCAAGGUGGUUUCAACAAGUUCCAGACUGAGUACUCGGAGCACUGCGAGACCCACGUGGACAGCUCGUCCUCGCCGAGCGGCUCGCCGCCCGCCUCCGUGCUGGGCCUGGGGGGCCUGCGCAUCAGCUCUGACUGCUCGGAUGGCGAGUCGGACCGGGAGCUGCCCAGCAGUGCCACCGAGUCGGACGGCAGCCCCGUGCCGUCCAGCCAGCCAGCCUUCCCCGUCCAGAUCUUGCCCUACCUCUACCUCGGCUGCGCCAAGGACUCCACCAACCUGGACGUGCUCGGCAAGUACGGCAUCAAGUACAUCCUCAAUGUCACGCCCAACCUGCCCAACGCCUUCGAGCACGGCGGGGAGUUCACCUACAAGCAGAUCCCCAUCUCCGACCACUGGAGCCAGAACCUGUCCCAGUUCUUCCCUGAGGCCAUCAGCUUCAUCGAUGAGGCCCGCUCCAAGAAGUGUGGUGUCCUGGUGCACUGCCUGGCAGGCAUCAGCCGCUCAGUAACGGUCACCGUGGCCUACCUGAUGCAGAAGAUGAACCUGUCACUCAACGACGCCUAUGACUUCGUCAAGAGGAAAAAGUCCAACAUCUCGCCCAACUUCAACUUCAUGGGGCAGCUGCUGGACUUUGAGCGGACGCUGGGGCUAAGCAGCCCGUGCGACAACCACGCGCCCAGCGAGCAGCUCUACUUCUCCACGCCCACCAACCACAACCUGUUCCCACUCAACACGCUCGAGUCCACGUGAGACCGCGUGCGCGGGUGUGCAGCUCAGUGCCCCUCCCGGCCCGCGCCGGGGCCAAGUGGGAGGGCCCAAGCCUGCUGGCCCUGGCCUGAGGAACACAUAGACGCCACCCAUGCCUGGGUCCCAGGCGGAGGCCUGCCUCUCGGGACUUGCCGAGGCCUGCAGAGCUCAGACACGGCCUGGGGGACCGCCGGGGCCUCUUGGGCCCAGAGCACCCUUGUGCUGCCGGCCUGGCCACUGGGGCUGGUUUUUAAAGACGCAUCGCGGCCCUGAGUUUACUCCAUACUUGGGGCACCUGAAUCCGCGCUCCCUGGAGCACAGAGAAUGUGCGAGCUCUUCUUGAUUUCUCUUUUUUUUUUAAUGGGAAGUAUUAUUUUCAGGCUCCACGCAGCGGUGGAUUGUUAUCAACCAGUAUUUCAUCCCUUUCUUGGUCCUGCGAGAGAGAGAGAGAGAAGCGUUCUCAGUUUCAUUCUCCCCACUUCAAAAAAGCAUUAUCGGUGUGUUUCACUUCCGUUUUCCAAUGGGAAAGACAAACCCCGCGUGGAUCUUGACCAAAUGCAUUUUGCACAUGUGUGAAGCCUCCGUUUCCUCGGCAGACCCUGCGGGUUGUGGUUGGUGGCCUGCACGGGGGGUCUCGGCGUACUCUGCGCUCCCAUCGCCCCUCUGGAGGUCCCUGCCCGAGGCAGAAGGUGGGGGGCCCUGCUGCUGUCCUAGCGGAGUGGCACCCAGGGGACUGCCAAGCAGUAGCAUUAGCCCUCUGGGCUCAGCUCCCGGGAGCUCCGAGCCCGGGGCCCUCUUGUGCACACGACCCCUCCUCUGUCUCUUCCUCUCUCGCUGGGUGUGGGGGGGAGGGCAGCCCCACCCCUCACCCCACGGACACCUGCCCUGCCCUUUUCCUUGUCCCAUGCCUUCUGCCACCAGGAAACCUGCACCCAUUUCAGCCCCAGGGCAGGGGCAGGCAGGGCACGGAUGGAUGAGUGGCAGGGGCAUAGGCUCUGUCCGUCCCACCCCAGUCCCCGCAGAACAAAGCCACGGAUUCCGUUACUCCCCUCCAGUUUUGUUCCUUUUUCAACCUCGGUUCCACCCAGCGUCAGGACUGCAUGGGAGCUGGGGUCCCUGCUGGAGCCAGCACUCGGCGCGGGAGCCAGGCCACGGAAACUGCACCCCUACCACGUCUUACCUCACGGGGGUGCUCUUCAGGGAUGCUCUCGGGCAGCGGGUUCAAAUCUUGCCACAGUCGAGAAAUUGACAAAAAGCUCCCGCGCUGUACAUGGUUCUCUUUUUCUCUCUCUCUCUCUUUUUAAUUUUUAACAAGACAAACCCAGAACGAUGUAUCAGAUUUGUGUGAGCGAGGGCGUGCCCGAGGGUGGCCAGUUUCGCUUUCUGACCGUAUGAAGGAAGAUUUGUGACCCUACAUAUAUAUACACACACACACACAGACGUAUAUAACUCCUGAGCCAGCAACGGGAGUUUGUUUAUAUUGCAAAUAAAUAUUAUUUUUUCUUUAAA